AGGCAGUGGGCUGCUGUGACAGCCGGCGGCGGAGCGGCGGGCCUGCAGAAGAGAAUUCAGCAUAGUGAACCACCAACACAGGACAAUGCAAGCCCACGAGUUGUUCGGGUAUUUUCGAAUGCCAGAGCUGGUUGACUUCCGACAGUACGUUCGUACUCUUCCAACCAACACGCUCAUGGGCUUCGGAGCUUUUGCAGCGCUCACUACGUUCUGGUAUGCUACAAGACCCAAAGCCCUAAAACCACCAUGUGACCUUUCCAUGCAGUCUGUGGAAGUGGCGGGUAGUGAUGGUGCUCGAAGAUCCACACUACUUGAUAGUGAUGAACUUUUGGUAUAUUUCUAUGAUGAUGUCAGAACAUUAUAUGACGGCUUCCAGAGGGGUUUACAAGUGUCAAAUAAUGGACCUUGUUUGGGCUCUCGGAAACCAGACCAACCUUAUGAAUGGCUUUCAUACAAAGAGGUUGCAGAAUUGUCAGAAUGUGUGGGUUCGGCACUGAUCCAGAAGGGCUUCAGGACCUCCUCAGAUCAGCUCAUUGGCAUCUUUGCUCAAAACAGACCUGAGUGGGUGAUUAUUGAACAAGGAUGCUUUGCUUAUUCCAUGGUGGUGGUUCCACUUUAUGAUACCCUUGGAACAGAAGCCAUCACGUACAUAAUCAACAAAGCUGAACUUUCUCUGGUUUUUGUUGACAAGACAGAGAAGGCCAAACUCUUAUUAGAUGGUGUAGAGAAUAAGUUAAUACCAGUCCUUAAAACCAUAGUCCUUAUGGACUCCUACGGCAGUGAGCUGGUGGAACGCGGCAAGAAGUAUGGGGUGGAAAUCCUCAGCAUGAAGGCAUUGCAGAACCUGGGAAAGGCCAACAGACGGAAGCCCAAGCCUCCAGCACCUGAAGAUAUUGCAGUAGUAUGUUUUACAAGUGGAACUACAGGCAACCCCAAAGGAGCACUGAUCACUCAUCGAAAUAUAGUGAGCGAUUGCUCAGCUUUUGUGAAAAUGACAGAGAAUACAGUCAAUCCUUCCCCAGAUGAUACUUUGAUUUCUUUCUUGCCUCUGGCCCAUAUGUUUGAGAGAGUUGUCGAGUGUGUAAUGCUGUGUCAUGGAGCUAAAAUAGGAUUUUUCCAAGGAGACAUCAGGCUGCUUAUGGAUGACCUCAAAGUGCUUCAACCCACUGUCUUUCCUGUGGUUCCCAGACUGCUGAACCGGAUGUUUGACCGAAUUUUUGGACAAGCGAAUUCCACACUGAAACGGUGGAUGUUGGACUUUGCUUACAAGAGGAAAGAAGCAGAGCUUCGCAGUGGCAUCAUUAGAAACAACAGCCUAUGGGAUAAACUCAUCUUCCACAAAAUACAGUCGAGCCUGGGAGGAAAAGUCAGGUUGAUGAUCACAGGAGCUGCGCCAGUGUCUGCCACAGUGCUGACGUUUCUAAGAGCAGCACUCGGCUGUCAGUUUUAUGAAGGCUAUGGACAGACAGAGUGUACUGCUGGCUGCUGCCUGACUAUGCCUGGAGACUGGACUGCAGGCCAUGUUGGUUCCCCAAUGCCUUGCAAUUAUGUAAAACUUGCUGACGUGGAAGAAAUGAAUUACAUGGCUGCCAAGGGCGAGGGUGAGGUGUGUGUGAAAGGGCCAAAUGUAUUUCAGGGCUACUUGAAGGACCCAGCAAAAACAGCCGAAGCUCUGGAUAAAGAUGGCUGGUUGCACACAGGGGACAUUGGAAAAUGGUUACCAAAUGGCACCUUGAAGAUUAUCGACAGGAAAAAGCAUAUAUUUAAACUGGCUCAAGGAGAAUACAUAGCCCCCGAAAAAAUUGAAAAUAUCUAUGUGCGAAGUGAACCUGUUGCCCAGGUGUUUGUCCAUGGAGAAAGCUUGCAGUCGUUUCUCGUAGCCAUUGUGGUACCAGAUGCUGAGUCGUUAUGUCCCUGGGCCCGAAAGAGAGGAUUUGAAGGAUCCUUUGAAGAACUGUGCAGAAAUAAGGAUAUCAAAAAAGCUAUUCUAGAAGACAUGGUGGGACUUGGGAAGGAUUCUGGUCUGAAACCAUUUGAACAGAUCAAAGGCAUUGCCCUACACCUUGAAUUAUUUUCUGUCGACAAUGGCCUCUUGACUCCAACAAUGAAGGCUAAAAGAGCAGAGUUACGGAGUUAUUUCAGGUCUCAGAUAGAGGAACUCUAUUCUACCAUCAAGGUCUAAUGCGAUGAAGAGUGCUUGGAAAAAAUAAAAGUAAAACAAAACCGCACACCUCCACAAUCUUUUCUUCUACUGAUGGCCUUUGGUUGGUAAUUUUGAUUUCAGCAAGCAUAGGGAAGGAAACAAUGUUUGACUUGUCCACUCGGGGUUCUUGCUAUAGAACUAUUAGAGGAAAUGGAACACUGCCUUACCCUCGCCUCGUGUUGCAGACUACGUUUAUAGUGAUAAACCAUUUCCAAAAUGAGCCUUAAAAAUGUAAAGGGUAAACUAUAAAUGUACUAAGUUAUUUGAGACUUCCUCGAUUUAAAAGGUGGGUGUUAAAACUUCUGUCUCUCUGUUUUUCUAACCAAGGGGUUAGGACUUUGCUAUUUCUGAGAUUUCUGCAGUUGUCUGCUGUUCUAAAGAGUACAGUGCACUGGAGGGAAACCGUGCUUUAAACAAGAACAAUUGUCCAGGCUGGAGAAUGUCA